AUGGAUAAAUACAUUAAAGUGCGAAAGAUUGGAGAAGGAUCCUUUGGGAAAGCAAUUCUUGUCAAAGCUAAAGAAAAUGGCCAACAGUAUGUUAUUAAAGAAAUAAACAUCUCUAAGAUGUCAAAUAAGGAGAGAGAAGAAUCAAGGAGAGAAGUUGCUGUGUUGGCUAAUGUGAAACAUCCGAAUAUUGUUCUGUAUAGGGAGUCAUUUGAAGAAAAUGGCUGUCUCUACAUAGUGAUGGAUUACUGUGAAGGAGGAGACCUAUUUAAAAAAAUAAAUGCCCAGAAAGGAAUCUUAUUCUCUGAAGAUCAGAUUCUGGAUUGGUUUGUACAAAUCUGUUUAGCACUAAAACACAUACAUGAUAGAAAAAUCUUGCAUCGGGACAUAAAGUCACAGAAUAUAUUUUUAACCAAAGAUGGAACAAUACAGCUGGGAGAUUUUGGGAUCGCCAGAGUUCUUAACAGUACUGCCGAGUUGGCUCGCACUUGCAUAGGAACCCCAUACUAUUUGUCGCCUGAAAUAUGUCAGAACAAACCUUACAACAAUAAAAGUGAUAUCUGGGCCCUUGGUUGUGUUCUCUAUGAAAUGUGCACACUUAAACAUGCGUUUGAAGCUGGUAACAUGAAGAACUUGGUACUGAAGAUAAUCUCUGGACCUUUUCCUCCUGUUUCUAUGCAUUACUCCUAUGACCUACGUAAUCUGCUGUCACAGUUAUUUAAAAGGAAUCCUAGGAAUAGACCGUCAGUAAACUCCAUAUUGGAGAAAAACUUUAUAGCCAAGCGGGUUGAAAAAUUUCUCACGCCACAGCUUAUUGCAGAAGAAUUCAAUCACAAAAUCUUCCAGAAGUUUGGACCACAGGCUGCACCAGCUAAAAGACCAGCUCAAGAACAAAUACUGACUUCAGUUGCACCAGCUCAGAAAAUUACUAAACCUGCUGCAAAAUAUGGAGUGCCUUUAGUGAUCAGGAAGUCUUGUGAUGCACCUAAAAAGCCUAUUGAGAAGAAGCCAUUGGCUAAAUCUAGACAGGUAAGAACCUUUCCAACUCCAAUGAAGAAAAUGAAUCCAGGAGAAGAAAGGAGGAGAAUGUUUGUGGAACCUUCAAAAAAGAAAAGGUUAGAAUUGCCUGAAAAAGAAAAACGCCAGAGGGAUCAGAUCAGUUUACUGAAGGCAGAUGAAAUGAGAAGAUGGGAAAAAGAAAGGAUGGAACGAAUAAACAGAGCCAGGGAACAAGGAUGGAGGAAUGUGCUUGGUUCAGGUGGAAGUGGUGAUGUUAAGGCACCAUAUUAUGGCGGUGGAGGUGGUGUCGGUCCUUUCCAUGUGUCUUCCAGAGGACAAUAUGAACACUAUCAUGCUAUUUUUGACCAGAUGCAACAGCAAAAGGAAAACAUUAGAGUAGCUGAAGAGAGGGAAGCCAAAUUGAGGGCGAAAGUACAAGGCCGAGAAGUUGUUGAAAGAGGAAUUCCACCUGGAAUACGUCCAGGAGUUCCUAAGGGGCCUGCAGGUCAUCUCCAUUCACCUGAUGCUGGUGCAGUUAGGAAAAAAAUGAAAAGAUUGAAGGAGGUGUCUAAACAAGCCAAUGCAAACAGGCAAAAAGGAUGGAUAGCUGCAGAUAGAGCAAAGCAAGUUGAAGAAUUCUGGCAACGGAAGAGAGAAGCCAUGGAAAACAAAGCUCGAGCUGAGGGACACAUGGGUACACUGCAAAACGUGGCAGAUAUCUAUGGAGGCAGGCCCAUUUCUGCAAGAGGAAGGAAAUCCAGAAACAAGGAGGAAGAGGAAUAUUUGGCAAGAUUGAGACAGAUCCGGCUACAAAACUUUAAUGAACGUCAACAGAUUAGAGCAAAACUUCGUGGAGAGAAGAAUGAAGCUGCCAGUUCUGAUGGGCAGGAAUCAAGCGAGGAAGCAGAACUGAAACGCAAAAAGAUAGAAGCGCAGAAGGCCCAAGCAAAUGCCCGAGCUGCAGUUCUGAAAGAACAGUUAGAGCGAAAGAGAAAGGAAGCAUACGAAAGAGAGAAGAGAGCCUGGGAAGAACAUCUGAUAGCGAAAGGCGUAAAGAAUCCGAAUGUGCCUUUUCAUGUGGGAGCUACAGAACAGAGUCCUGUGCAUGGACUACAAGAGCUUGGAGCGGCUCUUCUUAAGCCACAACUUCCAGUGAAGCCUGGUACACCAGUUAUCUCCAUGACUUCUGCUCUGAAGGAAGUGGGUGUGGAUGAAAAUGUAACUGCUGUCCAGGAAGCUGAGGAGGAAGUAAAAAAGACAGAUUUUGCAGUGCAAAGCAAACGAGAAAUACUGAGAAGAUUAAAUCAAAAUCUUAAAGCUCAAGAAGGUGAGGAAGGAAAAAAGGAGUGUAAAAAUAUCUCUGAAUCAGCUGAGUCUGAAGAUUGUAAGGAACAACAAGAAGGUGACCAUCCACUUCUAGGAGAUCGCAAAAAAUGGGAGUCUGGGGCAUCUGAGUUGGUUGUUCCUCUAGCUCAGUUAUCGAUGGAAGAUUCUCUCUCUGGAACAGACCGACAAACUCUGGGGGAAGUAAUUAAAUUAGAUAUUGGUGAACCCCACAGGAAAGUCUGGGGCAAAAGCCCUACUGAUUCAGUCCUGAAGAUCCUAGGAGAAGCAGAGUUGCAGCUGCAAACUGACCUACUCGAGGAUCUAGAUGUAAUAAAUGGUACUGCAGAACCUCUUGAAGGAGAUCAUCAGUCCGUAAAUGUAAGAGAGGAGAAGGAAGAGAAAGCUCUUCCUACUGUUGGAGCUCAGUCUUCGGUACCAGUUGGUAUCACAGAGUCUGACACAACUAUGCCAGAAGAACCUAAAAGAGCUGGACCUACCCAGGUGCAGAGCAAACCUAUUAUGCUGGAUGAGCCUGAUGAUUUGGAAGCAGAGAUGUUGGAAGAAACAGAAGAAGGUAAAAAGCACCAGUGUGAGGAGAAUAAGGAAUUUCCCUUUGCUGUUAAUGAAGUGUGGGUAAAAGAGAAAGAGGAUAAACUUACUUCUGCCACAUCAGAAACUUGUUCCAGUGACUGUCUGCAACCUGAACCGUUAUUCCAGAGGGUGGCACAGCCCCCGUCUGUUCCAACAGCCUCACCAGUUCUGUCAGCUCAAUCUUCACAGGAAGAUCCUUUCACACCUCGGUCACGUUCCAUAUCGCCAGCAAAAAAUAAAGGCCAAAAUUCAUUGUUGGUUGGACUUUCUACAGGACGGUUUGAUGCAAAUGACCCAAAGAUGUUGAGAACAUGUUCGCUCCCGGAUCUUCACAAACUGUACAGAACUUUAGUUGAUGUUCCCAGUGUAGCAGAUGUGCAGCAUCAGCAUAAUCUUGAAAUAGAUGAUACGGAAGAUGAGCAAGCCAAAGAAGGACCCUCUGAUUCUGAGGAUAUUAUGUUUGGGGAGGCAGAUACAGAUUUGCAGGAACUCCGGGCCUCAAUGGAACAAUUGCUUAGGGAGCAGCCUAGUGAGGAAUUCAGUGAAGAGGAGGAGUCUACUUUAAAGGCUAAUGUUGUCAGAUGCCUAACAAACGGUACAGAGCUGGAGGAAGGCGACGAAAAUAACCCCAGCAGUGAAAGUGCACUUAAUGAAGAAUGGCAGUCAGAUAAUAGUGAUGGAGAGAUUGCCAGUGAAUGUGAAGAAUGUGAUAGCAUCUUCAGCCAUUUGGAAGAGUUGAGAUAUAACCUGGAGCAGGAAAUAGGCUUUGAUAAAUUCAUUGAAGUUUAUGAGAAAAUAAAGGCUAUACAUGAAGAUGAAGAUGAAAAUAUUGAUAUUUGUUCAACCAUAGUUCAGACUAUUCUUGGAAAUGAACACAAACACCUGUAUGCCAAAAUACUUCACCUAGUAAUGGCAGACGGAGCCUACCAAGAAGAUAACGAUGAAUAAACCCAACUCAGGAAAUCCCUUAAUGCUGUACUACAUAUCAAAGUUUGAAGUCUGCACAGCUGAAUAACAAAUUGUAGCGGAGAAUGUAACAUGGGGCAGGAGAAGCAAGACUUCGAAAAAGAAUGUUGAUUGUAUGAAAAAGAGGAAAACCAUGCCUUUUAAAACUGAGAUACCUAUACACUUCUCUUAUGUGUACUUGCAUACGUGUUCAUUAAAUAUUAGAUGCCCAAAAUUUAAAAAACAAAAAAAC